AUGGGAAAGAUUAUUUUCUACGAAGACAGAAAUUUCCAGGGCCGCUCUUACGAGUGUCACUCUGAAUGCUCAGACUUGUCCUCAUACUUUAGACACUGCAACUCUAUCCGUGUAGAAAGUGGGAACUGGAUUUUGUAUGAACACCCCAACUACAGAGGACACCAGUAUUUUCUAAAUAGAGGAGAAUAUCCUGACUUCCAGCAAUGGAUGGGUUAUAAUGACUCCAUUAAAUCUUGUCGCAUAAGCCCUCAGCACCAGGGAUCAUUCAGAAUCCGAAUCUAUGAGAAAGAAGAUUUCAGAGGUCAGAUGAUGGAGUUUCAUGAAGAUUGUCCUCAUGUCUAUGAGAGAUUCCGCUCUCAUGACAUCCAUUCCUGCCAAGUACUUGAUGGAUAUUGGAUGUUCUAUGAAGAACCCAACUACAGAGGACGCCAGUAUUACCUGAGAACUGGAGAGUACAGAAGAUAUAGUGACUGGGGAGCAGCAAGCCCCAGAAUUGGUUCAUUUAGACGUGUCCUAGACAGUCACAUUAAUUUCCUUCAUUUAUUGAAAGCAGCUGAAGGCAGGAGAGCGGGCAAUGUGGCAGCCCAGUCAGCACAUGCACAAUAUCCCCUGGUGUGGUGGGCACAGCUCAGCCUGGCACUGCACUUCCUCCCCCUUAUUCCUGGUGCUUUCCGUCCCUUUUUAGCCCACAGACAGUAA